AUGUCGGCAAACGUAUCUAGUUUUCCUCCUCAAACUACAUUUGUUAUUUGGACUGGUGUCUGUGACUAUAUGACAAUAUUUGAAAGGAAUCUUACUAUCACAUCUGAAGACAUAAUAUCAUCGAUUCAUAACUCUAUAAAUCUUCUUAUAUCAACAGGAGUUCAUAAAUUUUUACUUUUAAACUUGCCACCAAUAAACCGUGCACCGCGAUAUACAAAUUACACUAAUCUUACAAUCCUACAAAAUCUCAUCGAAACCCAUAACGUUCUAUUAAAUGAAACAGUUAUUGAAGUAAAAAAACAACAGCGAAUUCGGGCAGGUGUUUUUGACGUUUGGGGAUUAACCGAAUAUGUUAUACAAGAUCCACAAAGAUAUGGAUUCUCAAAUGUCGUGGAUUCUUGCAUACAACCAAAUUCAAAUAAUACUUGUGGGAAUCCUGAUGAAUAUUUGUGGUGGGAUAAUAUUCAUCCUACAACCGUAGCACAUAGUUUGUUAGCGUCACGAAUUGUCACUUAUUUGAAAUCACCCGAUGGAUCUUGCCUGUAUUUAACGAAUUGUGGAUUAGAAAGAAAGAAAAUUUAG